UUAUCUCAAAGAGCUCAAAUCAUUGAGAAAGCUACGGUGGCUAGUGGACAAAAGAAGAGGGCACGCCAAGAGAAGCCUCAUUUCCUUAAUCCCAGACACUCUAAACUUAGUAACCAUGAACAGAGCAUGGUCCAUAGGGAAGCUCUUCUAUACACAAGCAUGCUCAAACUCAAAAUAGAAGCUCUGCAAAGGAAAACUGAAGUUUUCAAGAUCAUCAAAAGAGAACCUUUACACCAGUUUCAGGAUGUAAAGGUGGAGAAGAUUGGGGAAAAGUUCCAAGUAAAGAUAAAAAGUCUAAAGGGAGAGGAUAAGCUUAUUAACAUUCUUGAAGCAUUUGAAGAAAUGGGGUUGAGUGUAGCUCAAGCAAGGGCUUCAUGCCAAGAUACAUUUGUCAUGGAAGCAAUUGUUGUACCUCGAUCUAAAGACAAGCUGUGGAGCGUAGAUGACAUGACCGAUACGUUGGUUAAAGCACUUUACCCACUGUAAUAAAUUGGAAAAAGCAACUAAAGAAGAAAAAAAGAAGCUCAAGAAUGUAAUUCUUAUUUUCGAAUUGGGACUUUGAAUAUAUAUGUCGUUUUGAAACUCAAUUCAG